AUGGGACUCUUAUGUAGAGUUAAUAGAGAUUCCAAGCAAGAAGUAUCUAUGAAAGGAGAGCAGAUCUUUUGUCCUUUAUGCUUAACUAGAUCUAAAGUAAUAGCCAGAAGAGAUACUAUCUGGCUAUCUCUCUUCACAAUCAAAAUCUUAGAGGUUAAAAGAAUGAAAGUCUACCCAGCCUGUUCUCACUGCUACAACCAACUACCUACUCAAUUUAUUCUAUGUCCAAUUUGUAAGUAUAUCUUACCAUCGGUUGAUAUGUUUUGUUAUCAAUGCCAAGCCAAUCCAGCCUAG